GAUCUUUUCUCAAAUCUUGAUUUUUCUCAUCGGUUUUUCUUACCUAUCUGCCUAUCUGCGAAGAAGAAUGGUGUAUAAUAGAUUUUGAUGGCUCAGUAAGCUGCUACAAACCAAAGCUACUUACAUUAUUUUUGUGUUUCUAAACAACUAUUUCCGCAUUUACAUGAUAUAAAAUAAACGUCGUGCAAUUUCAUGUUCGAGUUGUAUCUAAAUAACUGAAAGAAGAUAAGAGAAAGGUUAAAAAAAAUAUGACAUCUCAUUGUAUAAUAGACUCUGUGAGCAAUUCGCAAGAUUUUACAUUGCAACUCUCUGACAGCUCUGCUAAUGAAGAUACAACUAAUCUUGGAGCAAGAAAGAAUAAAACUGAUGUAAUUGUGAUCAGUGAUUCUAAUAGCAGUAGCAGUAGUUUUUCAUUUUCCUAUGUUAGGAGAUUGAAACAUUUUCCGGUUGAUACAAAUACAAUAAAACAAAACUAUCAACUAAAGAAGAACUCUUUUUUGAGAGACAAUGAUGAAAAUAUUGCUACUAUACGGCUUGAUGGAAGUUUAUUUUAUACAUCCGAUGAAACUGACAGCAGCAGCAGUAAUAUAAAGCAUGACAAGAAAGAAAAGAAGAAAAAUAAAGCAAACAAAUCUGCCACCAAAUUGCCACUUGUAGAGCAAAACCCGACACCUAGAGUAAUAAAAGAAAGGUCUUAUAAUGAGAAAAUGAAUGUUAUUAAUAAUGCUGCACAAAUACGGUCCAAUAUUCUUAGAGAAUUAAAUAUGUCAGUAUUACGCAAUACUCAUCAACGAGAUGAUACAGUACAAAAGCUUACAAAGCAAGAUACUCAUAAAAUUUUGCAAAAUAUAAAAUCUACACAACUGGUAUAUAAUUCUCCCAGACAGAAAAAAGAAACCAAUGUUAUAAUUGACGAAACUAUAAGUACGGAUGAAAUUCAUCCAGCUAUAUCACCCAAGAAUAAUAGAAAAUCUAUAUCAUCUGAUAACAGUGAUCCUGAUGUUAUUCAUACAAGUAUAAAUGAAGUAAUUUCUGAUUCUAAGCCAGACUUGUCAAGAUUUAACAUGAAAAGUAAAUUAUAUUUACAAAAACAGGUAGAUUUUAGACCUUUGUCUGAAAGAAAGAAAAAACAAAUUGUGGAAUGGCUUAUGACAAAUAUGACUGAUUCUCAAAGUGACAGUACUUUCAGCCAUGUGCCUCCAAGUACCAGAAACAGCAUAGAUUCUGGUAAUAGUAGUUUAGAGAGAUUGGAAAUGAAUUAUGAAACUCCAAAUAACAGAGGAAAAAUCAACACGGUGCAGAUAGAUGAGACGCAAUCUGUAAAUUCAGAAAACGAUUCGUAUUCUCCACAACAUCAAACUCCACAAAACAAACAUGUGAUUCAAAACUCCACAAUUAACAACUCUGAAUUGCAUACUCCAGAUACAGUAAAACAUCUGCCAAAAGCAUACACUGAGAAAAAAAACAUCCAUCCUGCAGAAGUAAAUACACCAAAAAAUAUAGAUAUAAUGGAUUGUGCAGAUAUCUUGGACAAGUUAUAUGGAGCUUCAUGGAGAGACAAAGCUAAUGCAUUAUUACCAGCAACUGAGCCAAGAAAGACAUCUCUUCAAACAAAUAUGGCUGUCCAAACAAAGCGGAAAUUUUUUAGUACCAGAAGACUUAAAGAAUUAGUAACAAAGAAAAAUUAUAUAAAAGACUCUGACUCAGAUAACUCAAUUUCAGAUCAAAGAGACAUCAAAUCAGAUCGAAGAAAACACAUUCAACGUAUUCAACGGAAGUACAAAAAACAUGAUAGUUUUAUUAAUGAUGAAUCAUCAUCAAGUGAUACCGAAAGUGUGUACCAUACUGCAUUGACAAAUCCUAGAACUUCUACCAAUAGCACGGCAUCUAAACCAGUAUCAGCUAUUGUCAAACGAGUUCAGAUAUUAUGCGAUACGGAUGAAGAAGAUGAAGAUAAUACAUUCAAUCGUAAUGAUAAGACUUUGCGCGCAAGAAAAUUAUCAUUUACCGACGACGAGAGUUCUCGAACGAGUGAAUUUGAUCCUGAAGAUUUUGUGCUGCCAAAAAUUACAAGCAAAAAGACUCCCAAGACGCUAUUAUCCAGGGCAAAAGACAAGUCCGAAUUUUCAAAGGAAAAAAAUACAAACUAUAAGAGCUUCUUAGCAUCUUUAUCAAAUACAGUCCCGAUACAUAACGCUCAUCCGGAUGCAAAAAUAUAUAGACUGAAUUACAUAAAUAGCAAAGAGGAAUUGUGUAAAAAAUUAUAUAAACUAUAUAACGAAAAAGUAUUCGACAACAAGCUGCCGAGUGACAUGUUGAUUGAAUGGAAUGCUCGUAUGAGAGGAACUGCCGGGUUUUGUUAUAACAAAAAAGUAGUUCGAAGCAUCAGCGGUAUGACCAAGUCUUCGAGAAUUGUAUUGGCAACAAAGAUUUUAGAUGAACCAGAUAGACUAAGAGAUACUUUAAUUCAUGAAAUGUGUCAUGCUGCAGCUUGGCUGAUAAAUGAUAUUUCUGAUGGACAUGGACCUUAUUGGAUGGCAUGGGCUACGAAAGCAAUGAAGAUAUUUCCCGAGUUACCACCAAUUCGUCGGUGUCAUGAUUACAAAAUUAAAACCAAGUUUACAUAUAGAUGUACUAGUUGCGGCUACAGUAUUGGAAGGCAUUCUAAAUCAUUAGAUACCGAGAAAAGCCGAUGCGGUUACUGUUUUGGAAAGUUUGAAUUGUUAAUCAACAAAAAAACCAAGUCCGGUACUGUACAAAUGCAAAUGCUGAAGAAAGAACCCUCUGGUUUUGCUCUUUAUGUGAAGCAAAAUUACAACUUGGUGAAAAAAGAAAAAAGUAACAUGAAACACGCUGAUGUGAUGAAAAUUUUAGGUCAGCAAUUUUCAGCCAUUAAAAUAGCAAACAAAAAUCAUGUAGCUAUUCCGAAUGAUUCACAAUCAUGUAAAAGUAGUGAGACAGAUAGAUAAAAAAUAUUUAAAAUAUUUAUAUCGUGUGCAUGUGUGUGUG